GGGCUACAGUCGUGAAAUCUAUGUGGUGCCUCAAUUUUUCCGAGACGUCGGAUCUCAGGGUCCUGCAAGGCCCCCCGCCGCCACGGCCAGGUCCGCCUCAGAGUUCUGAUCGGACGGCUCCGUAGCCAUUUCGGCUCAAGCGACCCACACGGCGACCCCGACCCCGCCCCCUCCCCACCGCUCCCCGCCGGGGUCCCGAGAGCUCGUCGCGCCAUGGCCAUGGUCGCCGCACGCCUGCGGCCCGCGUUCGGAGCGGCGCUCCGCCGCACCUCGGCGCUACCGGUCGUCGCGCGCGCGGGGGCGCCGGUGCGCGUGACGGCCGCGAGGGCCUUCAGCGGGAAGGCGGGGGCGAAGGUGUGCAAGGUGAUCGAGCAGGAGCUGAAGCACGAGGAGGAGAACUACGAGCAGGCGAAGGAGAUCAAGGCCUUCCUGGCCUCUAGCCCGUUCAAGCUGGUGGACGAGCCAGGCAACGUGAACAUGGUGCUCGAGCGAGAAAUGGACGGCAAGGUCGUCAAGAUCGAGUGGCAGCUCAUGCCGCCCUACGACCCCGAGGGCGACGCCGAGGGCGGAGAGGGCGAGGAGCCCACGGCCACGGAGCUCUCGGUGUCGGUGGAGAGCAAGUCCACGGGCGCGGGGCUCAUGUUCUACUGCAGCACCCAGACCGGCGAGGAGCACCGCUAUGUCAUCGGCCAGGUCAAGACCUACGCCUCCGCGGAGGAGCGCGACAGCGUGGGCGCCUACAACGGGCCCGAGUUCGAGGACCUUGACGACAAGCUGCAGGAGGCGUUCGACGAGUACCUGGCCGAGCUCGGCAUGUCCAGCGAGGUCUGCGACUUCGUGGACCAGAUGGCCGUGGACAAGGAGCAGCGGGAGUACUGCAGGUGGCUCCAGACCGCCAAGAAGUUCCUGGAGUGAGGCUCGAUGCGCGGUGGUCCGGACGGGAUGGGACGCCGAGCCCUCGGAGAGCAGCGGCCCGCAGCCGCGCGCCGCGCGCCACGCGAGCGGCCCCUCCCUCGGCUCCCGGAGGGCUCCGGGCGAGAAGUUUUGUCUGUGUCCGGCUGCACGGGGAGCCCCUCUGCUUGCGCAAGACGCACGAUGUCUUGCGCUGCGAGGCCCUCGGCGCGGCUCACCCUUGCCAGCCCGGCAUCUCGGCAUCUCGGAAUCCACCUCCGCCUUAGUUGCAGACCCGCGGCCUCUACCCACUGGGCUGACCUAGGGGCUGACUUUUCGCUGGCGGAGAGAGAGAUAUAGAGAGAGAGAGAAAACAAAAACAGAAGCGUUCUGGUCGGACGGCACCUCUGGCGAGAUCCAGGGAUCAGCGGUAUCAGUACCUUUGAUGCGUCCUCUGGCCUCCGCCUCUUGCCCCGUGUUCUUGCUCCUUCCUCCUCGUGCCGGCCCUGUCUCACGAUUUUUAGUGGCAGUCCUAUUUUCUCGGAGUGCUGCUUCUCACUCACUUGGGUCAGGGGGUGCUCGCCCGCGAGCACUUGAGUCUUUUAAGGAGACGGAGUCUGGCAGCGGUACCUUGUUGUUUCCCCAGUCUCAGCGCCACCGAGACGGGUACACAGUUAAUAGGCUUUUCGGCAGUUCGUCGGAUGGUAUCGGCGGGGAAGCACACCACGUCGUCUGGUCGGCCAGGGAGCCAAGGAGUUCGGCGAACGAAUUUGGCGUACAGACGCUCCAGCGUCCCAUUGGUGGGGCAGCUGGGACCUGUAGACAACGAGCUUCCCCAGCGUCCCAUUGGUGGGGCAGCUGGUCCCCCUCGUUUCGCGCCCUCCUUCAGGACCUGACGCCCCUGGGGUCCUGAACCCCCCCCUCCCGCGGGGUCCUGUGACCCUCAUCCGCCCUUCCGCCGCCCCUCCGCGGGCCCCUAGUGGUUACAAUACACAUAUUUCGGCAUGCGGACUUCACUAACAUGAGCGUCUGGG